AUGUCUACAGACGAGCGGCCGUGGGAUGAUGACAUGGUCGUCGUCGAACACACCGACUUGAACGACUCAGACGACUCGGACGACUUCAACGAACCUGUCUCGCCAGAGGCAGAGGCCGAGAUCCGCGAUUGGCUCAAACCAACCAAGUACAACGCUGAGAAUGGCGAGUUCAGGAAACACCAAAGGUCACACCUCGCGGGCACAGGCGACUGGAUUCGCCAGACCGCCUCGUACAAAGAGUGGCACGAUAGCGACGACCAGGGGAUGCUUUGGAUAAAGGGAAUCCCUGGUUCGGGCAAGUCUGUUGUUGCUGCCAGUCUCAUUGAGCGGCUAUCUCAGGAAGAGCAAGUUCCAACCCUGUUCUUCUUUUUCCGCCAGAUCAUCGAUGCCAAUCACGCCCCGGUUGCUCUGCUGCGAGACUGGCUGGACCAGGUCUUGAGUUACUCUCCCCCCCUUCAGAAUCGAUUGAAGAAGGAGUACAUCGAUAAGAAUCGGGGUAUUGAUGAUGUAUCUAUGAACGAUAUGUGGGGCGAGUUAAGGCUGGCCUUUGGCACCAUACCUAAGGCCUUCUGCGUGGUUGACGCCCUAGACGAGAUGGACAAGGGAAACGAUGAGUUUCUCAAGGCUCUUGCAGAUCUUGGCAGAUGGAGACCUUCAAAUGUCAAGGUCAUCGUUACAAGUCGCCCCGUGCCUGCAGUGGAGAAACCGCUCCAGCAGAUUCCAAUGCUUCAUAUUCGCCUGGACGAAAGCCACGUGGAUGUGGACAUUGCAACGUACGUGGAAUACUGCCUCAAAAACUCGUCUAUUCCGGAAAAUCACCACGACGAGAUAAAGAAGGCAGUUCCCGGGAGGGCAAAUGGAUUGUUUCUCUACGCCAAGCUGGCGAUGGAUGCCUUUAGAGAGAAGGGAGCAGAUGUGGCUCAUGUCCUGGAAAGGCUUCCCCUUGAUCUCAAUGUCAUGUAUACCAACCUGUUGCGCGAACAUGGUAAGAACUCUGGAGUUCCCCAUCAAUUGCAACUCCUGAUUCUGUGCUGGGUCACACAUGCCUCCCGCCCACUUCGGCUCCUCGAGAUGGCAGAAAUGAUCAACGUGACGCAACAGUCAGAGUUCACCGGCGAUUUCAAAGGUCUCAAGAGCCUUGUGCGUGCGGCAUGUGGCCCACUUCUGGAGAUAUUGCCCGACGAGACCGUGUGUGUUAUCCAUCAUUCGCUGACCGAGUUUCUGAACGGUUGGACGCGCGAGCCCGGGACGCUACGAGCAGAGCUAGUUGAGGAAGAACAAUUUCCUGUUCUCAGCGCAGGGCCUACUCAUACUCAGCUUGCGCGAGUAUGUAUCGACUAUUUGCUGUAUUCAAAAUGCCUGGAAGCUGUCAAAUUAGAUCUGGUUCAAGAUGGUCCGCCUAGCAACAACGGUCGUUCCGGCAAAGACGAGACGCCAGCAGUCAACCAUGAAAUCCGCUCAGAAUAUCCAUUCCUAGCUUACUGUUUGGAUAAUUGGCAUGUGCAUUGGAGAAAAGCCGAGAAAGACCUCGUUAUCCCAGAAGAUCUCCUUUCUGCAGUCGACCAUCUUCUCUCAGACAGAAAUGGCUCUGCAUUGCGAAGGUUGACGGACCCGAAGACGAAGGAUCAAUCAUCGUUGCACUUGGCAGCUCGUUUUGGGCUUGGGCAGUAUGUCUCAAGACUGUUAGAAAAGAAUAGCAUUGAAAUAGACUCCCUAGACGAGAGAGGGGAUACUGCCAUGCUCUAUGCCUCCAAGGCCGGGCAUGCUAGUGUUGUCAAGUUGCUGCUGGCCCAUGGCGCCGAGGCUGAUAAGCCCUCUGAAUAUGAUGGCCUCAAGCCGCUUCAUGUCGCGGCGAAAAAUAACCACGGGGAAGUUGUGAGAUUACUUCUCGCUGCUGGCGUGAGCCCCUUGACAGGAAAGACCAAGGAAGAUCCUGAUUUUUAUGGAGGAGGAGAUCCUGGCACUACGGGUGAGACACCACUUGAGUACGCUGCCAAAGGAGGGCAUGAAGAUGCUGUUAGGGCCUUUCUACCUUUUAUUAAGGAAACGGAAACGGUCAGCCGUGCACUUGCAUGGGCAGCUUAUGCGGGCCAUACUGCUUGUGUCAGGAUCAUCUUAUCCCAUGAGCUUGUCGAUGUGAAUGCCCGUGUUCGUGGCGAUACUCUGCUCUUCAUAGCUGGUGAGAGAGGGGAUGUUCACAGCAUGGUCCUGCUACUUCAGGCUGGUGCCGAUCCAUCAAUUCGGUCUCGGGGAAGGUACAGCAGCAUAUGGUACGACGAAGAGGAGGAAAAAGAGGAAGCGGAUCCUGUGACCGGUCUCACGCCAUUGCAUGCUCUGUGCGGUGUAAUGGACCGCGCUACACUUAACGGAUGGAAACGCGUCUUCCAACCAGAUCAUGUUCGACAAUUGCUGACAAUGAUGGUGGAAUCUGGGGCAGACUUGAAUGCCAAAACAGAGAGUGGAUGGGCCGCGAUCCUCGGAGCGACGAGGGAGUAUCCAGAGCUGGUACGUCCGCUGCUCGAAGCCGGGGUCGAUGUAGCUAUCACCAACAGUAUUGGAGAGAACGUACUGCAUGGAUGUAGAGACCCAGACGUCGUGCAAAUGCUUGUUGAGCUUGGAAACGCCGACAUAAAUCAAGUCUCAACCGACGAAGGAAUGACCCCUUUUCUCCAGGCCGCCAAGACAAACGAUGUCGCGCUUAUAAAAAAGCUGGCCGAGCUGGGAGCCGACGUGACAGCUACAGACUACUAUGGCCGUGGAGCUCUUCACCUUUUAUUCGACGGUGGAGCUCACUUUGGAAUAUUCCCCAGUUCCCGUAACAAGCUCAAAAGAACAGAGGAGGGAAGAUUUGAGAUCGUGAAGGCUCUGUUGGACCUUGGCGUUCCUGUGAACAAGCAGGACAACUACGGACAAGUUGCUAUGCAUGGGAUCAUACACUCAUUUCACUUACAUCGGGGAUGUUGGGAUGGCGGAUUUGAACAGAUAAUCCGGGCUAUGCUUGCUGCGGGAGCCGACCUCAAUAAACAAGAGUACAUGGGCUUGACGCCGCUUACCCUCUUGGUGAAGAACGCAAAAGGGGAAGACACCGUUGAAGCAGUACGCCGGUUUGUUGCGCUUGGUGCCGAUCCCCUUAUCUACGACUGCCAUGGACGGAAUCUCUUGCACUACUGCCCCCCGAAAGAAGAGGAGCUGAAAGAUUGUUUGAUCGAGAUGGGUUGCAGCCCGGACAACUGCGAUGACGACGGGAACCCGUUGAAAUGGGGGACUCACCAUGUCAACAAGAAGGGCCGAACACAUCUUCACCUCCUGGCGUCAAGUGAUAACUGGACGUUUACAGGCUAUUCUUACCUAGCCGCUCCGCUCUCGGAAUAUCCAAACAUCGACUGUGAAGACAACGACGGUAUCAGGCCCCUUCAUCUGGUAUGUAGAAAGGACGAAUGGGAGGUCAGGGCUCUCCUCAACGCCGGCGCCAGCCCUACCAAGCCUACUAAGGGCGGAGUCACGCCAAUUCAUGUCGCCGCACGGUUCAGAAUGCCGAACAUUAUCGGAUUGCUGCUCGAAGUCAUCGAGAAACAAAGCGGAAAGGAGGCUGUUGCUCGCCACCUCAACUCGUCAUGGCGGCCGGAAAAAGCAAGGCUGUCCAAGGGGGUUCCCUCGGCGCUCCAUUUUGCGUGCUGUUCUGGCCUCCCGGAAUCCGUUGCGUUGCUCUUGGAGGCGGGUGCUGAUCCGAACCUCUACAUCGAACGCUUUCUUACUCCCCUCUACUAUUGUACGAAAUUCGAGGAAGAAGAGAAGCUAUGGGAAGAAGCGAGGCUAGGCGACUCAUCAUACCGCGACCCUCAUGAGGUGCCGUUCCGAGAUCCAUUUGGAAUUGCAUUGGAUGACAAGGCUCGGGUUAAAUAUCGAGACGAGAAGCUAGUCUCUAAUCUUGAUGAGGUGCUUGAUCUGUUGGUUUUGCAUGGUGCUAGCAUGGAAACGGGCGCCCACCCGUUCUCCGGGUUGGACGGGGCGAUCAUUGCUAGUGAAGGGCAAGAUUACACCACAGAGUGUUUGUUUAAACUGAAACAGCGCCUGGAAGCAAGCACUGAAAAUACAGAUAUCGGUGGUGGCGAUUCCAUGGCAUUACCGCCAGUAGAGGAGUAUGUGGAAAGCCUGAUGAAGGGGUCAAGGUUCGAGAAGGUUGGUCUAGCCUACCCCUUGAUGUCGUCCAUCUACAGGCGUUCAGCUACCAGAAAAGCGUUUCUUUUUGCGGAGAAGGAGGGAUACGAGACGGAUGAUGUUCUGCAACUGAUCGAGGAUCAUCAGUGGGACUCACUCCGACACAUGGCUAGGCACGAUCCCGGUUUCUUUGGGCGAUAUGAUUUUGGGAGGUCUCACUUCACGGAGCUUAUAAGGUCAGGGCUUCACAAACUAGUUGGAGAGAUUAUCACGAAUGACGGCCUCGUUGAGAUGGAGGAAAGCCAAGAGAGAACAGUGCAGAGUUUGCUCGCUGGGAAGGGAGGGGCCGAGCCCGGCCAGAAUGAUACUGCUCCGGUAUGCCUGUUGAGAGCUUGCGAACGACGGUUGCCAAAUAUGCCAAUGCUCCGGCUGUUGGUUGAAAAGAUGGGGGCCGAUAUUAACGCCCAAAAUGCCGUGUAUACAGGCACGCUGGGGAACUGCACUUGGAAGAAAGGAUCCAGCGCACUCCAUGAACUGGCACGCGGUUCGAGAUGGUGGCAUCAUGCUCAGGGCUUGAAGUAUCUCAUUGAGCGUGGGGCCGAUCUUGAAUUAAGAGACACGCAAGGAAGAACCCCUCUGCACCGUGCACUGGCACAUAGCAUGACAGCUGCUCGGAUCUUGGUCGAAGCUGGUGCGGAUGUCAACGCAGUGGAUGACUCGGGCAAAACCUGUCUUGCAUACGCUGGCAACGACCCUGGAGCGCUCAAGCUUCUCGUCAGUCACGGGGCGGUAGUGAAAGUGGCUGAUUUGUUUCAGGCUACUUGGAACCGCAACUCUGAGGCCAUUGAUGCCCUUUGCGCGGUGGUAGACCCCAACACGCGGCUGUCCAAGGCGGAAUUAGAGUCGUUAACAAUGCCUUGGAACACUGGCUUUAGUGCCCAGAGUUAUUUGGUAGACGAUGAUCAGGUUUACUCACUAUUCCUGGCAACCUCCCGCAACCUCGUUCAUGUUCGAAUAGAAUACGGCCAUGUUGACCGGCCGAAGAUGAAGAAUUGGUUCUUGCCUGUUAUCGAGGGUCUUCUUAAAAACGGCGCUGAUCCAUUUGUGACGUAUCAGAAACGCCGAAAAGAGGAUUUGAAGGCGGAAAACCCAUCGACAACAGAGGUAACACUAUUGCACGAUAUAUUGGAGGAGGGAGCGUUGACGGAACCCAUUCUCCUUAUGCCAAAUCUCGACCUUGAGCGCCGUGACGCAAAGGGACGCACUCCACUGCUAGCAGCUUGUCGAAGCCGGAUCGGACCAGACACCAGCAUGGAUGCGAUAAAUCCAAAGUAUCAAUUCGAGCCGCGGCGUAGCGCUGCGGACUUGUUCACGAAAAAGCCCUCGAUCGUCAAGUUUCUCGUCGAUAAGGGUGCUUGUGUUACACAGACUGACAAUGAUGGGAUGAAUGCGCUCCACCACAUCCUUCAAGCUAGACCCAAGGGCGGCCAUGAUACCUUGAAGCUCUUGCUAUCUGUAGCGCCUGAGCUAUCACAGCAGGUCGAUGUUUUGGGUGGUUCGCCCCUGCAGUAUGCGUUGCGCAGGAGCAUCUCUCAUCAGGCUCCGGAUACGCAAUCUAUUCGGAUGCUCCUUGACGCAGGAGCUGAUCCCUCUCUGCCAGACUCAACUGGAAACACAGCACUGCAUUAUCUGGGGAUGUGGCUGGCAGACAAAGGGGAAACAGACAAUAUGGCUGAGCAGCCUUGCGAGUUGUUCAAGCGUCUUAUCGCGUGCGGCUUGGACGUCAAUAGUCGUAAUAACAAAGGAGAGACACCCUUGUUUUUAUUCAUGCUAUCUCAGGGUGUAGACCGAGGAAAUGAGAAGAACAAUGGAGAGUUUGAGCGACAGAGCCAAGCAAUCCGUACGCUCGUUGAUGCUGGGAGCGAUCUAUUCACUACAAACAAUGCAGGGGACACCCUGCUUCAUGCUGUUGCAGCUAGCAGCAAGAGCCUACAAAAUGGAGGAACAGGAGAGCUUAUGAUUGCACGCUUCAAAUGGCUACUCGAGCAAGGAUUGGAUCCGACGAUAGAGAAUGUUAGGCAUCAGACUUGCCUGGACGUGGCAGCGGUCAACGAAAACGACCUGAUCUUGAAACUCUUUGAAAGGAAGCAAUGA